UUUUUUGAACUACGGCGGUUUGGUUCACGAAAUGAUUCGCGGUAAAUUGAAAGUAAAUGUCGUCCUUUUGGCUACGUUGGCAAUUAUAGUUUCGGGAUUGACAAUAACCGAAGCGACUUUAGGAUUACUGCCGCCGGAGACCCCAGAGCAGUCUAGCUCGCGUAUCGCGGAAAAGGAAGCAGGAAUUGGUUAUGAAGGGCGCGCCGAUAUUAACUAUCGUUUACCGAACAAUACCGAACCAAUACAUUAUGAUAUCGAUCUCACGACGAAUGUGCAUAACGGUACAAGAAAUUUCACAGGCAAAGUACAAAUUUUACUGACCGUAACCGAAGACACAAGGACCAUUGUUGUGCAUGCGCGUCAGCUACAAGAUUUCGAAGCCAGCAUAAGAAACGGAAGUGGCAUUGAAUAUGAAUUGCUGUCUACCUACGAAGUAGAGAGGGAAUUUCUCCAAUUAACGCCACGACUUGCCAGCCUCAAUUUGAACAGAGGCACCAACUGGACUUUGACCAUUACAUAUAAAGGUCUACUGCGUACCGAUACCGGAGGUUUCCAUAGACUCUCUUACACCGAUGCUGACAAUAAAAUACAUUAUAUGGCCACUACACAAUUUGAAUCGACAAAUGCUCGACAUGCUUUUCCAUGUUAUGACGAACCAGCCAAACGUGCAACCAUUACAGUUACCAUCAGGCAUGAUCCCUCCUAUAAUGCUAUAUCCAAUAUGCCGAAAAACGAAACAGCAAGCUCUGCCGGUGUGACCGUAUUCGACAAAUCGAAUGUGACCAUACCCACAUAUUUGGUGGCUUUUCACGUCUCAGAUUAUGCAUAUACCGAGGCGUCAUUAUUCGCUUUGCCGCAUCGGCUUUACUCUAAGCCAUCGACCCUAGCAAAUCAUCAAUUCGGUCUAGUAUCGGGCAUGUUGGUCCUACAAAGUUUGGCUGAUUACUACAAUGUUUCGUUCGUAAUGCCACAAUUAGUGCAGGUUGGAAUACCUGGCAAGGGUGGUGCUAUGGAGAAUUGGGGCUUGGUAACAUAUGGUGAACAGUAUUUGCUAUACAACAAAAGCUCUUCAACCACAAAUACUCAGAUGGGCAUUGCCAAUAUUAUAGCGCAUGAGCUUACACAUCAAUGGUUCGGUAAUCAUGUAGCGGUCAGAUGGUGGACAUAUUUGUGGCUAAAAGAAGGCUUUGCCACACUUUUCUCAUACGAAGUGGUAGAUGAGGUUUACCCUGAAUGGGAUGUUUAUCAAAUGAUGCACACAGACGAUUACCAAUCAGCACUAUCGAAUGAUGGCAGAGGCACCGUAGUGCCAAUGACGCAUUAUGCACAAACGCCGACUGAGAUCUCUGCACGUUAUGGCACAUCAUCAUAUGCGAAGCCGGGAAGUGUGCUGUUCAUGUGGCAACACGCUUUGGGUGAUAAGGUUUUCCGCAGCGGUUUAAACAAAUAUCUGACCAACAACGCCAUUCGCUCCGCCGAGGAAUGGGAUUUAUUUGAUGGUCUGCAGAGUGCUGUUAAUGAGCACAGGGUGUCCAUUCCUGCAAGUAUACGGGUUAUGUUUCCGACGUGGUCACAACAAUCCAGUUAUCCGCUACUCACAGUGACACGCGAUUAUAAUGCAAAUAAGUUCACCGUCACACAAACCCACUACAAUGACAAUAAGACCCUUGUUUCGGACAAAACCUUCUAUGUGCCCUUCAACUAUGUGUCACGGUCGAAAGCAGAUUUCCGUGAUACCACCGCCUCCAAUUAUUUGCUCAAUGUGAAGGAAAUCAAUAUUACAGACAGCUCUGUGGGCGCUGACGAUUGGUUGAUAUUAAACAAACAAUCCACCGGUUAUUAUCGUAUUAACUAUGAUACACGCAAUUGGCAACUUAUUGCCGAUGGUUUGGUGAAACGUCCAAAAAUUGUGCAUACCCGUAAUCGCGCACAACUCUUAUAUGACGCGAACAAGUUCGUUACCAACGACCGUUUGGAACACGCCAUUCUUUUGCGAUUGCUGGCAUAUUUGCCCGGUGAGGAUCAAUAUGCACCUUGGACCGCUGCCAAUGCCAUCAUAACCAAUUACUAUGCAUAUCUCAAUGGACAUGCAGAUUAUGAACAAUUUAAAUUGUACAUCCAAUCGCUGGUUAACAAUAUCUACGAACUGUUGCAGGUUAAUGACGUGCCCGGCGAACAGUUAUUACGUAAAUUCACACGUAAUACCGCUGUUAAUCUUGCCUGUACGUUUGGUCUUGAGAAUUGUCUCGUCGAUAGCAAUAACAAAUUGAAGGCGGUAAUCAAUGACGGUACUGCCAUCGAACCAAAUACCAGAUCGCAGGCUUACUGCAAUGGUCUUCGUCGUGCCAGCGAUGCCGAUUAUGAUUAUUUCUACAAUGAUUUACUUAGAUCAAACGACGCGACUUACCGCAAUCUCCUAAUUAGAGGCCUGGGUUGUUCUGAGAGCACAACUCAAUUGGAGAAAUUCGUAAAGAGUUCUAUUGAUAGGUCUAACUCAUUGACUAGUUCGCAACGUACAACACUUUUGAGUGCGACUUACUCGCGCGGUCCUACCGGUUUAUUAAUUAGCAUUGAUUUUCUCAACAAUAACUGGGAAGCUUACGCCAGUCUUUCGACCAGCACAGGCUCUACUAACCCAUUGAGUCGGGAUAUCGUGAGCAUAUCUAAUUAUGUUAAUAAUAGAGAUCAAGAAGCGAAGCUAUUGGCACUUGUCAAUAAGGUUAAGAGCAGCAACAUAGUGCAAGCAAAUCUCGAGGAAACUGUAACACGAAACAUGAAGGUGAACUUUGAUUGGUUGGAUAAAAAUGGCGCAGAGGUUAUAUCCUUCGUGAAAACUUAUCGCAGCAGCAGUGCAACAUUAAACGCAUCCCUUUUGUCGGUGGUGAUGGCGCUCGUUGUGUCGAUGGCGCGAUUUUGGUAAAUAACUGGAAAUAAUUAAACUGAUACGAACGUACUGAGGCAAUAUGCUAUAGACAUAAGUAGAAUACUGUGAAAUAAUCUGUACAUGGAAAGUUAAAAGAAAAAAGAAAAAAUUAAACUGUUUCAAAAAUUAACCGAUUUAAUGAUAA